CUCUAUAAAAUAUAAUCUUCAGACAAUGUUCACUUCAAGUCUCUCUUGUGUAACAGAACAUCAAAGCUCCUUUUUCCUGAGUUCUCUGUUCUUAAAGGUCAAGAGUUAUGGUGAGAGUCUUUCUUCUCUACAAUCUUUUAAACUCAUUUCUUCUUUGUCUGGUUCCCAAGAAGCUUAGAGUUCUCUUCCCUCCUUCGUGGUACACCGACGACAAGAUCACACCACCGUCUGAAUCGGAAUGUUCUUUGAGAACAGACCCGGUGGAUCUAAAAAGAGUGUUUCAGAUGUUUGACAAGAACGGGGACGGCCGCAUCACAAAGGAAGAGCUAAAUGAUUCUUUAGAGAAUCUAGGAAUCUUCAUGCCAGACAAAGAUCUGAUCCAGAUGAUCCAAAAGAUGGAUGCAAAUGGAGAUGGCUGUGUAGACAUAAACGAGUUUGAGUCUCUUUACGGUUCGAUAGUUGAAGAGAAAGAGGAAGAGGAUAUGAGAGAUGCGUUCAAUGUGUUUGAUCAAGACGGUGACGGGUUUAUUAGUGUUGAAGAAUUAAAGUCUGUGAUGGCUUCCUUGGGACUCAAGCAAGGUAAAACUCUAAAGUGUUGUAAAGCGAUGAUUACUCAAGUUGAUGAAGAUGGUGAUGGUAGAGUCAAUUACAAGGAGUUUCUUCAGAUGAUGAAAUCUGGUGGAUUUAGCAAUAGAUCAUCAUAAGAUUAAAGCUGAUUUUAUCCUUUUUUACUCUGUAAAUAGUUUCAUUUAAUGUUUUUGUAUUAAUCUUGAACUGAAUUGUUAAAACAUUAAACAAUCUUUGUUUUUUUUCUUACAA